GAUCCUGCCUGCGCACAGCAGCCGGCGAUGAGUGAGAGCAGCCGCCUGUGCUCGGGCUACUACAGCCUCAACCGCAGCUUCGUGGAGCCCUUCCAGUGCCCGCGGCGCGGCGACGGGGCCGCGCUGCUCUACUGCUGCGGCUUCGCAGACCUCAAGUACUGCUGCAGCGAGCCGGGCAGCUACUUCCCCUACAAGCACAGCUACAUGUGGAGCCUCAGCAUUGGUGCUCUGGUUGGAUUGGGAAUCGCUGCCCUUGUUUUGCUUGCCUUCAUCAUCAGCGUCUGUGUCCUGUGCUACUUAUUUCUGUACACAAAACCUCAACGAUUAGACAAUGGCCUUAAACUUCAGCAUCUAGAGGCAUCUUCUACCCUAGAAGGUAACCUGAAUCUACUGUUUGUAAUCAGUUACCUGUACCAUAUCUCAGCUGGGUGA